AUGAACCACACCCAGAAAACGACACUAAGGGAAUGGAAUCCUAGUCCCAGUCCUAGUCCCAGUCCUAGUCCUGCUCCUAGUCCCAGUCCUACUCCCAGUCCCAGUCCUAGUCCCAGUCCUAGUCCUGCUCCUAGUCCUAGUCCCAGUCCUAGUCCCAGUCCUACUCCCAGUCCUAGUCCUGCUCCUAGUCAUAGUCCCAGUCCUAGUCCCAGUCCUAGUCCCAGUCCUAGUCCCAGUCCUAGUCCUGCUCCUAGUCCUAGUCCCAGUCCUAGUCCCAGUCCUACUCCCAGUCCCAGUCCUAGUCCCAGUCCCAGUCCUGCUCCUAGUCCUAGUCCCAGUCCUAGUCCCAGUCCUACUCCCAGUCCCAGUCCUAGUCCCAGUCCUACUCCCAGUCCUGCUCCUAGUCCUAGUCCCAGUCCUACUCCCAGUCCUGCUCCUAGUCCCAGUCCUACUCCCAGUCCCAGUCCUAGUCCCAGUCCUACUCCCAGUCCCAGUCCCAGUCCUACUCCCAGUCCCAGUCCUAGUCCCAGUCCUACUCCCAGUCCUGCUCCUAGUCCUAGUCCCAGUCCUGCUCCUAGUCCUAGUCCCAGUCCUAGUCCCAGUCCUACUCCCAGUCCUAGUCCCAGUCCUACUCCCAGUCCCAGUCCUAGUCCCAGUCCUACUCCCAGUCCUGCUCCUAGUCCUAGUCCCAGUCCUAGUCCCAGUCCUACUCCCAGUCCCAGUCCUAGUCCCAGUCCUACUCCCAGUCCUGCUCCUAGUCCUAGUCCCAGUCCUAGUCCCAGUCCUGCUCCUAGUCCUAAUCCCAGUCCUACUCCCAGUCACAGUCCUAGUCCUAUUCCCAGUCCUAGUUCCAGUCCCAGUCCUAUUCCCAGUCCCAGUCCUACUCCCAGUCCCAGUCCUAGUCCUAGUCCCAGUCCCAGUCCUACUCCCAGUCCCAGUCCUAGUCCUAGUCCCAGUCCCAGUCCUACUCCCAGUCCCAGUCCCAGUCCCCGUCCUACUCCCAGUCCCAGUCCUAGUCCUAGUCCUUGUCCCAGUCCUCGUCCCAGUCCCAGUCCCAGUCCCAGUCCCCGUCCUACUCCCAGUCACAGUCCUAGUCCUAGUCCCAAUCUGGUUCAGGUUCUGGUUCUGGUUCUGGAUCUGAAUCUAGAUCUGGAUCUGGUUCUGGUUCUGGAUCUGAAUCUAGAUCUGGAUCUGGUUCUGGAUCUGGUUCUGAUUCUGGAUCUGGUUCUGGUUCUGGAUCUGGGUCUGGAUCUGAAUCUAGAUCUGGAUCUUGUUCUAGAUCUGGUUCUGGUUCUGGAUCUGGUUCUGGAUCUGGUUCUGCCUCUGGUGCUAGUUCUGCUUCUGGUUCUUGAUCUGGUUCUGGAUUUAGAUCUGGUUCUGGUUCUGGAACUGAAUCUAGAUCUGGUUCUGGUUCUGGAACUGAAUCUAGAUCUGGUUCUGGUUCUGGUUCUGGUUCUUGUUCUGAAUCUGAAUCUGGUUCUGGUUCUGGUUCUGGAUCUGGAUCUGAAUCUAGAUCUGGUUCUGGUUCUAGUUCUGGUUCUGGAUCUGAAUCUAGAUCUGGUUCUGGUUCUGGAUCUGCUUCUGGUUCUUGAUCUGGAUCUGGUCCUCUAUUCAGUUCUGGUUCUGUAUCUUCUUCUUCUUGACUAA